CGUGGCACCUAGUGGCGUUCCGUGCCCCGCGGUCUAAGGAAAAUGUGUGCUUGUUUAUAGUCAGUGUGAGAUCAGUGUGAAAAAUUACAUAGAAUGAGGACUUUUUUGUGGUCAAGAUAAAACCUUCUGAAGACAGCCGAGCGCGCAGAGCCUCAGCCGCGACCCUGGCCGAGGGAGAGAUGUACAUGAGCACUCAGGCCAAUCUCGAUUACUGGUCGACCGAUAACUGCUGCGUCUUCGUGUCGCUUCGCAGAGGAACCAUCGUCAUUGGGGGUCUGUCUGUGAUAUGGCAGGGUGUCGUGGUGGCCAUCUCGGUCCUGGCGCUGGUGGAGUGCCACUUGAAAGAGACAAGCCUGGAUGACACCGGCGUUGGCAAUGACACGCAGGCGGACGACACCAUCGUAGACGUUGACACUUUGUUUGCCAGCGACACGUGGAGGAAUGAGACCACGUUUUACAGCUCGAGAGUUUAUAACGAGACGUGCAAAUGGGUUCCGGAAGCCGAGAGGGAAAGCUUUGGAGUUUAUGAUCAAAAUAUGUUAUACGUCGUGGUCGGGGUGAUUCUGGCGUUUUCAAGUAUAUACUGUCUGCUCUCCAUAUCUGUCAUUGUGGGCGUCAUAUGGCAUUCCCCGAGGUUACUGCAAGGGUGGGUGGCGUUCACAGCCCUGUACAUGCUGCUGACUCUCGCCGACCUGCUCAUCACUCUCCCCUUCACGACGCUCCUGCACCUCCUCUGCUGCAUCACCCAGUUCGUCGUCUCUCUGUACGUGUGGGCGGUGGUCAAGUCGUACAUGCACGUGCUCAAGGUAGCCAAGAAGAAGCCCCCCGUGCCCGAGGAGGAACAGACGGACUACACGGUCAACGGCGUCGACCUGCAGCAGGAUCCCGUGACGGUGUGACGAUUGCCUUCUGGACGGGAGCGGAGAAUGAUCUGCUUUCGUCUUUUUUUCCCCGAUUCUUUUCGUUUCUUUUCAUUUCUUUUCCAUUUUGUUAUGUAGCAUGUGCUGUAGAAAGCCGUUUUUUGUCAUCUUUUAAAAAGUUUUAUAGGCGUUUCUUUUUCUUGUUUGGAGACAUCUUUCACAAAUAUUUAAUGUCUUCGUGUCCUUCAUUAACUGAAUGUUUCGGCUCAUUUUUACUUGUAUUUCCAUCCUACUUUUUCAUCAAGUGUUUUUUUUUUUUUGUGACAGUCUUGGUUAGCCUUUCAAAACGUUUCCAUUAACGUAGAGUCUCCCCCCCCCCCCCCCUCUCUCUCUCUCUCUCUAUCUCUCUCUUUCUUUUUCCUCUCUCUCUUUCUCUUCCCCCUC